CAACAAAACCUCCAAAUGCCAGACAGACACAAAAAGACCGUUCAUUUCUCAUCACACAUCUUGCUCAGACAGGCCACCCACUCUAUCUCACUGAGCAGUGGAGGAAACCAUUAUGGUGAUGGCCCUCAGAGCCUCGGCCACCGCAAGACAUCCUCUCCCUCAGCCACUUCCACCACCGCCGCCGCGAUCUCUCUCUCUCUCUAAAAGUACUGCCUCCACAACCCAAUUCAGACCCUCCUCUGUACCACCCUCAAUCACCUCUACCAGUCUCUCCCUCUUUGCUCUCUUUACAGCUCCCCCACAUGAAGCCAAAGCUCUCAGCCUCCCCAAAGAACAGGUUGUCUCGUCUCUUACCCAAGUGGAAAAGACAAUUGAUCAAGCACAGGAAGUGGGUUCGAGUUUUUUCGAUGUGGCACAGCGCAUUUUCCAGGUUGUAGCCGAAACAGUUAAGCCUGGCAUUGAUGUGGCGUUGCCAAUAUUGAAGCAGGGCGGAGAACAGGCGGUGAAGAUCGCUUCUCCAGUUGUUUCAGAAGCUUCAAAGAAAGCUUUAGACGCGAUUGAGAGCUCGGGUUUCGAAACACAGCCUGUUUUAAGUGCUGCUAAGACAGUAGCAGAUGCUGCUCAACAGACCACCACGGUGAUUGAAGCCGCCAAGCCUAUAGCCUCGUCAACAGUUGAAACCAUCUCAUCAACAGAUCCUGUUACAAUAGUAGGGGCUGGUGGAGCUUUAUUCCUUGUGUACCUUCUGUUCCCUCCUAUUUGGUCUGUGGUUUCUUUCAGCCUUCGUGGGUACAAAGGUGAGCUCUCUCCUGCUCAAUCCCUUGAUCUCAUCUCUUCAAGGAAUUAUCUGAUGAUUGAUAUUAGAUCAGAGAAGGACAAGAACAAGGCCGGUAUUCCCCGACUGCCAUCUAGCGCUAAAAAUAGAGUGAUUGCAAUCCCUUUGGAAGAAUUACCAAGCAAGCUAAAAGGCCUCGUCCGAAAUGUAAAGAAAGUAGAAGCUGAAAUAGCGGCUUUGAAGAUUUCAUAUCUGAAGAAAAUAUCCAAAGGGUCCAACAUCGUGAUCAUGGACUCGUUGUCUGAUUCGGCCAAAAUUGUUGCAAGGACACUUACGAGUCUUGGCUUUAAGAACUGUUGGGUUGUGGCCGGUGGGUUCUCGGGAGGAAGGGGAUGGCUACAGAGUCGCUUAGGAGCUGAUUCAUACAGUGUAUCCAUUGCAGAGGUUUUAUCACCAUCUAGGGUCAUUCCUGCUGCGGUCCAACGUUUUGGUACUACUACCUCUGCAAAGCUUCUCCCACGGGGCUCUGAUUAAUAAGUUGGCAUAUUUUUGGAAUUAUUUAACCAAGGCAAUUCAAAUUAAUCAUUUGUGGCCUCUCUAUUUUUGUUCAUGUGGUUGAGAUAGGGAAAAAUAUAUGAAGAGGAGAAACCUUGUUACUCACCAUCUUUACUGUCAAACUUGAAGACAGUGUUCGGUUAAGGGUUAAAA